UCUGUCUCACCUCGAGCCAAUACGGUUUAAAAUAAUAACAACAUUAGUCAAUAAUCAAUAGUAAAAAGUGAUUUUAAAAAGACUCGAUGGUUAAUUAAAAAAAGUAAAAGCAAUGACAUAUAAUUUAUCGUGUCCUCAGUGGAUUCUGAAGGGACUCUUUAGUGUAGUCGUGUUAAAUCGAUAUAGUCUGUCAAGCUGGCUGGAACUUAUUCAGCACCGACUCUUGGUUGUCGGCGACGUUGCUGUUACUGCUACCAGCAGCCAGCGAGCGCAGUCAGUGCAGUAAUAAAGACUGAUACCGAAGCUAUCAAAGUGUAAAAGGAAAAGCUACCUUAAACUUGUUCAACGAUUUUCUCUCCAUCUCUUCCUUGCUCUUAAGCACGUCUUAAACCAGCUCCUUAUUACCUUUUACACCCUCUUCCCCUUCUCUUUCACUUCCUCACCCUCACCCUCACCCUCAUUCUCACCCUCUGCCGUUUUUUCUUUUUCGCCAAGUGUUCCGUGGUUUAAUAAAUGACUCGGAGGCUUUUAAUUGCUCGUCAGUCAAUCAAACCUUCUUGAUACCGAUUAUUUGAUUUACCUCUUUCUCGUAAAUUUGUUCUCACGACUAAACUACUUGUCAAAGAGAUAGUUUAAAACUCAUUACUCAACAUUGGUUAACACACAAGUACAAGUAUUUAAAUUAAAAAAAAAAAGUAAUAAUAAGUCAAAUUUAUCGAAAAUUAAUAUUGAAGAUUAUCAACUGCUUAGCAAAGUUUGCAAACUCUGUAAGCUGUAAGAAAUAACAGAAGAACUUGGAACGUAAACGAUCGAGGCUGUACCACAAAAUAUCAAAACCGUUUACUUGUAAGCUCGAGGAAAGGAAACUUUUGAAAUUUGAUGGCUGCGUUAAAAUUUGUUAUACCCUAAGCGUCGAUGCUGAGAAAACGUUUGUCAUGACUUAACAAUAAGGAGUUAUAGUUAUAGUUAUUGCUGUAGUUGUUGUAGUUAAUGGUUACAUAGACAUUUGGGUCUUUUGCGUUGGUUGGGUUUAGUUUACCAACACAGAGACUUCUAUUUCCGUCAAAAUCACGGCAAGAUAUUCUCUCUUUAGUCUUCGUACUCACUUAGUUGCCCUGAUGUAGACUAAAGUCUAUAUCUAACGGCUACGACGACAACGACAACGACAACGACUACGACGACGUACGUUCACCCUUGUUUCCCACACGUGUGCUAAGAAUAUCAUCCGCAAGCCAGCAGAAGCAUAACCAACAGCAGCUGAGUGUUAGGGAGAGCAGAUCAUCGUCGUGCAAACGUCUCUUUGACUUUCGUAUUAUGAACUGACCUGAAAACAUUUACGUAUCGCAUAAUAUUUAUACUAUGCUAAAUAAAUUAGCGUAUGCUAAAAAUAAACAUGUCAAAGUUCUUGGUUUCUAUGAAUUCAUUGAUGGGUGAAUGAAUACAUUUUUCCAUUCCCCUAUUGAUUGAUUGAUUGAUUGACUGAUUGACUGAUUGGUCGGUUGGUUGGUUGGUACUUUUAUCAUAAAUUAAUUUAUUAAUAAAAGAUGAGGCUUGAAAUAGUGGGAAUUGUUCUGCUGUCAUGCACACAAAUAUUGUCAGAACAUCGUGAUUUUUAUGGCCCGUAUAACCAGCACGGACAUCAAAGGCACCGGCAUCAAAAUUGGGACGAUGAUCGCAUGACUAAAGAAGUACGAGUUACGCAGGGAAGAUUACGGGGAUUUAUCGUCCAGCCGAAAACAAAUCCGCGGAUGCAGAUGGUUGACGUUUUUCUUGGAAUCCCAUAUGCCGAGCCACCAGUGGGUCCAUUCAGAUUUUCACCACCACGUUCACCGCAACCCUGGCGAGAUAUACGACCAGCUCAAGAGUUCGCUCCAGUCUGUCCACAAGUGCUGCCGAAUUUAAGGCUUGAAGUUAAGCCCGGACGUCACGAGUAUCUCGAGCGAUUACUUCCCUACUUAAAAAAUCAGAGCGAGGAUUGUCUGUACCUCAACAUCUACGCCCCGCACCAGGUUGAAGGUCAAGUUAAUUCAAGAAGGUAUCCAGUUAUGGUUUUUAUCCACGGCGAAAGCUUUGAGUGGAAUAGCGGCAAUCCUUAUGACGGUACCGUUCUAGCGGCUUAUGGCAACGUCGUCUUUGUAACUAUUAAUUUUCGUCUUGGUAUUUUGGGGUUCCUGCGACCGGGUACGAGCGACGAUGCGGCCAGUAAUUUCGGGUUGCUUGACCAAACAGCGGCGCUUUUAUGGUUGAAAGAAAAUAUCGCUCAAUUUGGUGGUGAUCCAGACAGUGUUACUAUUGUUGGACAUGGUACCGGAGCAAUAUUUGCAAAUUUACUUCUCAUAAGUCCCGUUGCUAAUAACAAAGGUCUGUUUAAACGAGCUAUCCUAAUGUCCGGAUCGGCUUUAAGUUCUGAGGCUAUUGGAAAAGCUCCACUACAAAUAACUAAACAAGUCGCAUAUGCAUUGAAUUGCCCAACGACAAAUGACAACGAAUUAGCGUCAUGUUUACGAAAUAGAGAUGUAGAUAGACUAUUGAAUGUGAGGAUCGAUAAGCCGCGAUAUGUGCCGGCGUUCGCGCCGCUUAUCGAUCGGGCUGUUAUACCAAAGAAGCCUUUAAGAUUGAUGGAGAAUGCCCAAGUGUUUGGCAGUUUUGACUUGAUGUACGGCGUUACUGAAUCUGAAAAGUUUCACAUUUUACCCCCGGUUGCCGUGCUACACGGAAUGUUGGACGGGCAACGGGACGAGGCGAUUCGUGAUCACGCUAAAGCAACUCAUGAACUAGAACCAGAACUGAUACUGUCACGGGUUCUAGAGCAUUACGGCGGAGAUUUUCUCGAUGGAUUUACCAAUGAUUAUCCGACGAAAAAUCGCGAUAUUGUAUUGGACGUUUUUUCCGAUAGCGGCACAGUCGCACCGCUUGUGAUGACUGGCAAAUUACAUGCCAAAGCUAAUCCCAAAAGUUAUAUGUACGUCUUCUCACAUCCAAGAGCUAUGCAAGAUUACUCGGGUCAACAGCGGCAGCACACAGUACACGGCGAGGAAUUGCCAUAUGUACUGGGCGUUCCACUUGACGGUGGAAAAUAUCACUUGCGCGGUCGAUAUAAUAUCGGUGAAACACUUUUCUCCGAGGCCAUGAUGACCUGGUGGUGUAAUUUUGCCUAUACUGGGAAUCCAAAUGCACCGAGAAGAAUGACCUAUUUAACAGAUGGGCCAAAAGAAUGGCGUCAGUAUCAGCUAGACUGGCCAGAAUUCAAUAUCGUCGACGAAACUUACUUUAACUUAACAAUACCACCGAGAGUUGGGCGCAAGUAUCGAGAAGCUGAAAUGCAAUUUUGGAACGAAGACAUACCAAACCUAAUUAGACACAGGCCUCGAGGACCUAGACCAGAGUUUCUCGAUCACGCUGAUAGGAUUGGCAAGUACAGGAACACAAGCUCAUUCGAACCACUCGAUGGGUUUGGUAUCAAACCCACAACCGGGAUACCCGCUAAUUUCGACCCCGGUUAUGGAUCUAUCAAUGAGCAGAGUGGACCCUUUGAUAGAUUUCCCAUCUCUCGCCCGGAUGCGUCGCCCGGGCAGAAUGUCAAUAAUAAUUACAGUAAUGACAAUAAUAAUAAUGACGACGACGAUGAUGAAUCCGUAACAGAAAGCAGCUUCAAAGCCUCAUCAACUUUCACGAUGGUUGUUGGGAUAAGUGUGUUUUUUCUGCUGGUUAAUAUCACAAUUCUCUUCUAUAUUUACCAUAGACGUCAGAGGUUAAAGAAGAGCAAAGAUUCACCCUUGACAAAGAACCUCAAACGUUCAAGCGGGAAAAGCGCCGGAAAUACCAGCGUACUCACGGGAUCGAGAAAGUCAAAGACAAACCACCAUCAGCAUCAUAAUAAUAAUGAUAAACAGGGAGAAAAUUGUGGUGAGUUAAAUCGUAAAUGUGACAGCAAACUUGAUAUUCAUGAAGUGAUAAAGAGUGAUAAAGCGUAUGACAACAGCUCAAACUUUGGACGGCAAUCGAAACUUUCGAGACAAAAUUCUAGCUCAACCAUCGACACCCACAUUAAAGUUAAGGAAUGGAUUCAGCAGGAAAUUGUUCACAGAUGUUCGCCGAGAUUUUUGCGAAAAACCCGCGAAACUUUACAAAAAGAACAUCAAGACAAAAUAACACAGCAGUCUGAAGUAGACCGUAAAAAAGUUGAUGAUCAAUUAAAAAUGAGUAAAUCAGAGCCAAUAUACGAUCAAAGUCCUGCACUGACAAUAAGACCGGGUGUAAAAAAAUCGAAAACUGGAAAGAUAUCUGUGGGAAUUGACGCAACACCAGCAACACGGACUGAAUCAAUUCUCAAUCAAAUACCAAUCGAGUUAGCUAAAGACAUAAACGCCGAGGAUACGAACGCAUACGAGGAAUUUAUCGACAUACAAACGGCAGCUCCCCAGGUGGUUGUUAUAGAGCACCAUCACUCGCGCAGUGACCCUUUGCCAAUGGAGACUGUUUUUAAGACCACCGUAACGAGGCCGUCAAAUUUCUCGUCUACCCGCGUUUACGAAUCAGACUCCGGUAGUGCGAGCAGCCUUUAUGCCAAAAUAAAUCCAAAAUUGAAAUCAAAAUUACCCAAGUUGAAUUUGAAUGACUCCUACACACUCGCAGAAGAUGUUUCCAAUGACACCUGCGAUGGAAGUAACAGCGUUAUUUCCAAAACAGUCCCCGAGGAAGGGAUUUACGGAACGAUACCAAAAAUGACAACUUUCGGGCAGCCGGAUAUAAAUGUAACCUGUCGCGAACCGGCUGCUGAAAGAGAAUCGAUAAGUCCCGAGGAGGCUUUAAAAACGAUAAAGCGACGAAAUUAUCCUAAAGUAUUACCGGAUAUCGAAAAACGACGAUCGUUACCGGUCACUAAUUUUUAUGCUGCUCCAAAACAACUGAACAGUACUGGUGGAUUAAUAAAUCACAGAAAGGGUCCGCAUCCUUCUUGUGGUUCGGGCUGUCCGCCACAGCCACCACCAAGAAUCUUCGGGACUUCAAAAAGUCUUGAUUUACCUGAGGAGGAUGAGAAUCCAGAGAGAGAGCCAAUUACAACGAAUCUUCACGUCGGUCCAUUGUUGAAGAGACAAGAUUCUUGCGGUAAGAAUCGUUCGGAUUCCAGUAUCAUUGAUUCCAUUGAACAGAUAGCGAUUGACGCACAGCAAGUUCUAUCUCAGCACAAUCGUAAUCAAACAGAAUUACUGAAUUCAUCAAACUCGAUUAUUGCGAAUCCAAAAUGUCCGGUUCAUGGCUCAACGUACAAAGCGUUCAAUGACGAGAUAUACAGCUGCGCUAAUAGUCGAUCUGCUGAUGGGUUAGAUAGAAAUAUUGGCGGUAUCAAUGGUAAUUGGUAUGAGGAUAUUAAUAAUUUAACUACCAUUGAAACCAACAAAUCACUGCCUAAUGUAAGUAUUAAAAAUUUAAACUGGUACAAAACAAUGAGAAAACAGGCUAAAGAUUCAGAUGAAUUAAAUCAGCAGCCAGUCAAUGACUUUAAAAUAGUCAUCACACCAAAAGUACCAGACAUUCCUAGUAAUUUAAAUCAAGAGCCGAAAAUUGUUAUCAGUCCGGUUAAAGAGGGCGUUGAUAAAUUUAUUAAGCCGGUAGAUAGUUUAGUUAAUUCUCAAAGCACUGACUCUUUUAAGGUAUCGGGCCACGUUAUUGGUGAGAGGAAAGAUCCUAAGAUAAUAAUAGCACCUACGGGUGCAGUAAAAGGACCGAAAAUAAUAAUAAAACCUACGACGAAUGUAACGAGAAAUCGUGAACGUAUUAUACCAAAAGUUUCGGCAAUUCCCUCGCCGGAAAUUCAAACAGUUGUGAGUGUUGAUAAAAUUUUCGGGGUUGCCGGCUCUAGUGUUGCGAGCAAGGGCUCUGAUACUAUUGAGCGUAUGGAGAAACCGCCGCUUAAAGAAAAACCCAAAGUCACUAGAAUUCCGUCAUUUACGCGGAGGAAAGAUAGCGAUGCCAGCAGUACUAUUUAUCCUGAAAAAGUCGAGAUAGUUCAGCGGAUAAAUGCUGUGUCGAAUAAUACUGAUAGCAAAUCAAAUAUACCGAUGAUGUUUAAAAAAGACGCGGGAAAUGUAGAUAGUGAAAUUUUAUUUAAUACAAAUACUAUAAAACGUAAGCCAGUAGAUAAAAAAUAAAUUAUUUUUUAUUGUAAAUGUAUAAAGUAUGUUGGAUAUUAUUAUUAUUUUUUUUUUUAUUUUAUUUUACAACCAAGUUCGGUUCAUUUAAAUUUAUUGAAAAUGGCGGUUGUAUUUUUAUAGCUCAUUAUUUUGUAGGUACUUUUAAUAAUUUUAUACGCGCUUCGUGCGAUGCAUAAACGUUUUAGUUUCAUGAGUAGUGCUUAAAUCUUUUAUGUGUAUAUAUUUUUACUUGCAUAAGCGAUGAAUGGUUUUUUCUUUUUUUAGUAGAUCGUGCUAUGGUGAAUUAUUUUUUAUUGUAACGAAACUUGGAGAUAGUAAAAAUGAUAAGUAUGUUGAUGAGAUUUGUUGUAAAAAUUAUUAAUAAAAAGUACAAAAAUUUUGUCAUAUUGUAAUAUUGUAUUUUAUUUUGUAGAAUUUAUAUUUAAUUGAAGAGAAAAUAUAGUUUGCUAAGACCAUUAUGUAAAAUAAUCUAUUGUAAUGAUAUAAUUUUAGAUCAACUAAAAUAUAUAAUGUGGAAGAUAAUCUAGUGAAUUUUAUAUUGCUGUAUAAUAAAAAAAUUAUUAUGAUAAAC